CAAUUCUUCAUCUGUCUCUCUUCGGCCGACGUUAGCCAAGUUCGAUCAUGGAUGCCGGAGCUCCGGAUGGUCGCCAUUUUGAAAGCUUGAAACUUUAAUAGUAAUCAGUAGACCACCACUCCGGUGGAUGGUUCUCUCUUUUCGCUUGUUUGUAAAAGCAGACCGUUAUGUAUGUAUAUCAAUGACUUCGUUUGAGAAACGUUUUUUGACCACUAUCUUCCAAGUUCUUAAUCUUAGACUUUCCAUUGGGAAAUGGGCGUCCUUUAAUUCUAUUAUUUUCUGCAAUAAAAUCUAGAAUUCCUUAGGUUUUCACUUUCAUCAAGCCAUCUUAACUAGGCACAGAACCUGUUCGAUGAAAUGUUCACAUCGUUUCUUCUUGAAACACUCUUCAACUAUUGUACUCCAAGAAGCAGGACAAUGGUUGCUAACAGUUUCAUAUAAAUAGAUGACAGAAUCUGUUUAUAUUGCAAUGCUUAGGCGUUGUACUAGCCUUACAGAACUAGCUUCUUUAAGACAGUUGCAUUGUAAUAUUCUGAAGACUGGGCUUGAUUCUGAUCUCAGGUCUAGAAUUUCACUUAUGGUUUCCUAUAGAAAGUGCAGUGAAAUGGAUUCUGCCCUUAACUUCUUCAAUGAAGUGCGUCAUGUUCAAGAUGUAAUAUCUUGGACAGCCAUGAUCAGCGGUUAUUUACAGAAUGGUGGAAGAGAAAAAGCAGUGAAUCUUUUCUGCCUCAUGAACAGAGAGGGCAUCAGACCAAACCAUUUCACUUAUUCGGCAAUCCUAACUGCUCAUCCUAUUGUAUCUGUAUUUCAGGUUCAUGCUCAAGUAAUCAGAUUGAAUUACGAAAAGGCGCCAGCAGUAGGAACUGCACUUUUAGACGCAUACACUAAAUUGCGAGCUGCUUAUGAAGCCAAGAAGGUUUUUGAGGUUAUAGAAGUAAAAGAUAUCGUGGCAUGGUCUGCAAUGGUGGCUGCAUUUGCUCAAGUAGGUGAUGCAGAUGGAGCUGCCAAAGUCUUCGUCCAAAUGGGAAAGGAAGGAGUCCGACCAAACGAGUUUACCUUCUCUAGUGCCAUUAAUGCUUGCGCGAGUCCCUCGGCAACCAAUGUGUUAGGAAAACAAUUCCAUUCAAGCUCGAUAAAACACGGGUAUAGUGACAGUUCGUGCGUGAGUACUUCUCUCGUUACGAUGUACGCCAAACGGGGAAAUAUCGAGAGCGCGAGUGAAGUUUUUAUAAGUCGAACAGAUCGAGACUUGGUUUCAUGGAACUCAAUGAUCUCUGGUUACGCACGACAUGGAUAUGGCGAGAAAGCUAUCGAGGUUUUCCAUGAGAUGCUCGAUAAAGGCUUACAAAUGGACAACAUAACGUUUAUAGGUGUCAUUACAGCCUGUGCGCAUGCAGGAUUGGUGGAGAAAGGCGAGAGAUAUUUCGAGAUGAUGGUUGAGAAAGCGAGUCCCACCAUGGAGCAUUAUUCAUGCAUGGUUAAUCUUUAUAGUCGAGCAGGGAUGCUUGACAAGGCUUUGAAUGUAAUAAAUGGGAUGCCAUUUGCAGCAGAUGCGACGAUUUGGCGAAUACUUCUGGCAGGUUGUCGUAACCAACUGAAUUUGGAAAUGGGGAAAUUUGCUGCGAAGAAACUGAUAUCACUCGACCCUGGAGAUUCGGCUGCAUAUGUUCUGCAAUCGAAUAUGUAUGCAGCAGCUGGUAAGUGGGAGGAGAAAGAUGGAGUGAGGAAAAUGAUGGAUGAGAAGAAGGUGAAGAAAGAAGCUGGGUAUAGUUGGGUUGAGGUAAACCAUAGGAGGUACCGUUUCAUGGCAGGAGAUCAUUCUCAUCCUUUGUCCAAUUCUAUUUACUUGAAAUUGGAGGAGAUAUGUGAUCGAGUGAAAGAGGCUGGAUAUGUGGCAGAUACGAGUUUUGUGCUGCACGAUGUUGAGCUACAAACGAAGGAAGUGAUGCUUUCUCAGCACAGUGAGAGACUGGCUAUUGCUUUUGCUUUGUUAGCCACACCGGCUGGAAUGUGUAUUCAGAUUGCGAAGAAUCUUAGAGUUUGUGGAGACUGUCAUGCGUUUAUUAAAUUGAUUUCGGAUAUUGAAAAUAGGGAAAUAGUUGUCCGAGAUACAGUCAGGUUUCACCAUUUUAAAGAUGGUGUAUGUUCCUGUGGUGACUACUGGUGAUAUAUAGAGUUUUAAGUACAAACAAACAGCAAAAAGCAAAAGGCAAAAAGCAGCAACAAAAGGCGAUCUGAAUCCUCAAACGACAUUCUACACCUCCUCAUACUUCACUUCAACUAUGAAACAAAUCCUCACCUGCCAUCAUCCCAAGAAAUUGAGGUAAAUUGUUUUGAAUACUAAAAAAUUAUAUAUAUUUAUAGCUAGUGUAUCACCUUAGAUCCAUAUGUAGCAAACUCAUUGUACUCUAGAGGGCUUUCCUCAUGCUCAGAAGGCACUAAAUGACCACAAGGGACCUUUAUGUCAUCUUUCCAAAUGAAAUGCUCCGAUUCAUCGGUUUUCUUUC